AUGGCGCAUCAUCGUCUCCUCAGCCAAGAUUCGGCCAUUUUCUCUCCGUCGGUUGCUCGUAUCGCGGCUUCCACCGCCCGCGAUUGGUCCUAUAUCGACGCCUGGCUCUCCUCCAAAUUUCAUCCUCGACCAGUCCCGUCUUUCGAGCGCAAUAACGACACUCUCAAAGCCCUAUUAACCCUCGCCUCUGUCAACGAAGCUGCCGAUGAUGAGCGUAAUCUGGUAGCCAAGUCUGAAGCAACUGCUUUGCAGGAGCUCGCCGACUCCGAGAGGAAGAUCGACAAGACCAGCCGGCCACUCAGGGAAGGCCUCAUUGAAGCCGUGGAGCACAACCUGCCUACCGACGGCCACACCGCUCUUGAUGCCAUGGCCAAUAUGGCUCUCCAAUUCGGGGUCGCUUUCCCAGAGCCCGACACACUAGGUCAGCGCAUGUGCCAACUUCAGGCAGGCAUCCAUGAUGCUGAACGGAUGAAGGCCCGCGUCGAGGUUCUCCAUAAACAUAUAGACGACGAAGCAGCUCGUGUAAAGGAACUUCUCAAAGAGCUACAGAGAGACGACUAUCAGCCUCCGGCACAUUUGGCCAAACAGAACCUCGACAUGCAGCGCAAGGUCAAGGCGUUGUCCGCCAAACUACCUGAGCUUCAAGACAAGGUUGCUGCUCUGGCUGCAUCCGCCGACGCCUCGCACCCAACCAUUGCCGACCUUGCUCGCGACGAGCAGGCAUACUUGUCAGUGUUGUCACGAAAGAAGGAGCUUGACCUCCAGCUGGCCACGUUUCAAGGUCUUCCUAGCAAUCCAGAUGUGGCCAGAGCAGAACUUGAAGAGCUUCGAGAUCAGCUACGUUCCGUAGAAUCGCAGCGUGAUGCUGUCUUUGAAGGCUUAGUGGAACGUGAAAGUCCUGUUAAGCGACGACGCUGA